AGAUCACUGGAAACCCAGGAGGUUAUUAUUUUACGCACACGUGCUCAACGCAAUUCCCUGGAUGUUGGGAUUAAAACACCUCUCGGAUCUUUUCUGGCACAAUGAGACUCGUGAAUUUAAUGGAUCUAAGCACCAAAUAGGAGUAAAAUCUAUUUUAGGGCAGCGCUUGCAGCCGGCAUGGCUUUACCAAACUCACCGGGCUCUCCCGACGCAGGGAAGCCCAGCCCCAACGUCAUAGACCUGGGGACUAUCUUUGUUGACUCGGACAUCAUAUUUGGCUUUACAAGUCACCUGCUAAGAAGAAAAACAAAGGUGGAGGGAUGUCCCAGUGGAGAGUCCGUGGUGAGUCCCAGGAAAAGAUUUCACUCCGCGGAGGAAGUGCGAUGCAGCAGCCGUCCUCCACCUGAGGGCGCCGGGUCGGUUUCCAUCACCGAGUCGGAGGAGAAAGGAGGCUUUUGCCAGCAGUGCCAAAAGAACAUGUCCGAACUGAAGAAACAGGCGCAAACUCUGGCAGACCACAGCUCCUUAAAGGACCCUGGAUAUGCAACUUUCCUCUUCGAUCAGCUCCAAACACCUGGGAAUCAUGAACCUGACUGUUGCCAGGUGUGCUCCACGCCUCUUCACCAGCUGAGGAAGGAGGCCUUGCAGGCACUCCACUCUCCUGUUCUCGCCUUCGGCUCAGACAUGGCAGCGUUGCCCACACCGACCACUCAGCAACAGCCUUCCAGAAUCACUGGUUCGUCCGCAAGUGUCCAUGCCAAGCAGUUAGUGAAAGGCCAGCCUACGAACCGCUCUAUCCUGCCUUUGGGGGAGCGGCAUAAAGUUCCAGGCUGGGCCCAGAGCCCUUCUGCCUCUUCGGGGUCCAAGACCAGUGUGCAGGUGACGGUGGCAGGAGGGCAGCUUACUGGAUCUCUGAGCACCGUCACCAUCCAGGCACAGCAGUACCUCGAUGGGAUGUGGAGCAUCUCUAGAGUCAAUAACUUUCUGGCUCAGCCUAAGCAGGCCCGUAGUUUGAUGGGGGAUGCAGAAAGUGAUGUCACAGCCUUGGAGGCGCCCGUCACCACCAUGACAAACACCACCAGCAGCUGCAGCAGUACCACCACCUCGCUGACGCCCUGCAGAGUGAAAGGCCCCAACCACCCAGGAGUCCCAGUACCCAUAACCAGUGCAUCCGCCUCUCAUUCCUCAUCAGCAGCAACUUCCUUCUUCAUCAGGGCAGCUCAGAAGCUUAACCUCUCCUCCAAACGGAAGAAACACCAACCCUCCCUGCUCCACCCACAGGAGCCCUCCAUCUACCCAACUAAUUUCAGUGGCAUCCUGCAGGUCUCACCACCCCCGACUCCACCAUGUGUCCUCCGAGCUGUGUCCAAAGUGAAAGAGAACCCAGGGAUGGGAAAGGUGAAAGUGAUGAUGCGAAUCUGUCCGUCUCUGGAAGCUGCGGACUCCUCAGAGUCUCAGUCUUUCUUAAAAGUUGACAGCAGGAAAAAGCAGCUGACCCUCUAUGACCCUGCAUCCAGCCCACACUCCAGCUCAGGGCACAGGAGAUCCGCCACUGUGGCCGUCCCAAAGAUAUUUGCCUUCGAUGCUGUUUUUACCCACGAUGCCUCACAAGCUGAGGUUUGCUCAGGGACAGUAGCUGAGGUCAUCCAGUCUGUGGUGAACGGUGCAGACGGCUGCAUCUUCUGCUUCGGCCAAGUCAAGCUCGGCAAAACAUACACCAUGAUUGGCAAAGACAGCUCCACUCAGAGCUUGGGCAUUGUGCCCUGUGCUAUUUCCUGGCUCUUCAAGCUCAUCAACGAGCGCAAGGAGAAGACGGGCACUCGCUUCUCAGUCCGUGUGUCUGCUGUGGAAAUCUUUGGGAAAGAUGAAGAGCUGAAGGACCUGUUGUCUGAGGUGUCAACAGGCAGUCUGCAGGAGGGCCAGUCCCCGGGAAUCCAUCUGAGAGAGGAUCCCAUCUGUGGCACUCAGCUCCAGAACCAGAGCGAGCUUCGAGCCCCAACUGCUGAGAAAGCCGCCUUCUUCCUGGACGCAGCCCUCGCCGCACGCAGCACCAGCAGGCCAGAUGCAGAUGAAGAUGAAAGGCGCAACUCGCACAUGCUGUUCACACUACAUAUUUACCAGUAUCGCAUGGAGAAAAGCGGCAAAGGAGGAAUGUCAGGUGGACGGAGCAGACUGCACCUUAUUGAUUUGGGAAGCUGUGAGAAGGUCCUGAGUAAAAGCAGAGAUGGAGGAGGAGGCAUGUGUCUUUCCCUGAACGCACUGGGAAAUGUCAUAAUGGCUUUGACAAAUGGAGCAAAACAUGUUCCUUAUAGGGACAGCAAACUGACAAUGUUGCUGAGGGAGUCUCUUGGCAACAUCAACUGCAGAACCACCAUGAUUGCCCAUAUUUCAGAUUCCCCAGCCCACUACGCUGAUUCACUCAACACAAUCCAGCUGGCUUCUCGUAUUCACCGUAUGAGGAAGAAGAAAUCAAAGUAUGCAUCCAGUUCAUCUGGAGGGGAAAGUUCCUGUGAGGAAGGCAGAGUUCGACGGCCACCACACUUAAGACCGUUCCACCCUCGGACAGUAGCCCUGGAUCCAGACCUGCCAGCUCUGCUCAGCGACCCAGAAUACUCUUCAAGUAGUGAACAAUCUUGUGAUACCGUCAUUUAUGUCGGACCUGGGGGAACUGCAAUUUCAGAUAGAGAGCUUAGUGACAAUGAAGGCCCACCUGCCUUUGUUCCCAUAAUCCCCUCGCUUAACAAGAAGAGAUCUGCAAAAGAGGGCCCUCAGGAUAGAGACCAGUUCUUUAAGUGCAACACAUUUGCUGAGCUGCAGGAGAGAUUGGAGUGUAUAGAUGGUAGUGAAGAGCCCACUGCCUUUGUUGGAGAAGGCAAGAGAAACCAGGCUAGCCCUAAAACGGAAAAAUCUAAGGAAAACCAAGUCUGUAAUUCACCAAAGACUGGAGUAAAUCUUUACAACAACCAAGAGGGAAUCUCAACUAAACAAUCUAUCCCUAUUCAAAUAUCCUGCAGUGCCAAUGUUAUACCCAAACUUGAUGCCAACAAGAGACAAUGCAUGCCUUCAGAAAGGGUUCCAGCAGAGACUUUCCAAAAUGUAUGCAGAACCAGUGCAGAUGGUGAGAAGGUACUGAUGUCUGAAAGCCAGGUCACCACAAACAGAUCAACACCUCCCAUAGCCAUAAGCUCGGAGCCUGUAGUAAGGGAGAAAGUUUAUCCCAACAAGAAAGCUUUGCCGAAGCCAGCUCCACCUCCUUCACAACAAAUGGAAAAUGCUGAAAAAGGAGAACGAUCAGCCACCAGGAUGCCACCGGUGGGAAUGAGCCACCAAGCUGUUAAAAGAAGGGACCCUUGCACAUCGCCUAUGUUCAGAGCACCUGUAGAGGUGUGUCAAGUGCGCUCAACUUUAAGGGAAAGGUGUUUGGAUCGAGAUAUCCUGAGAGCUACUGUCACCCUGCAGCAGCCAGUGGAGCUGAAUGGGGAGGAUGAGUUAGUGUUUACUGUUGUGGAAGAGCUCUCCAUUGGCAGUAUUGUAGAUAAGGGUCGGCCAUCAAGCAUUAUUAGCUUUAACAGUGACUGCUCACUUCAGGCCCUGGCCUCUGGUUCUAGGCCUGUCAGCAUCAUCAGCAGCAUCAAUGAUGAAUUUGAUGCCUACACAUCAACUAUGGGAGGGUCUGAGGUCAACAUUGCCAUGGUGACACCCUCCCAGGAGAGCACAAUGGAGUGUACAGACAGCAGGGGUUCGUCUAUCAGUUCUUGGUUGAGUGAGGUCAGUGUCUGCACCUUGGAAAGUGAAGGGGCCCAUUCAACAGAUGUUUUCCUUCCACAGGCCCAACACAUAGGGCCAGAGUCCACCUUUUACUUCGAUUCCCUUGAAAUGUUUCAUUGUAUGUCAUCCACAAGAGAUGCCAAGAGCUCCUUAAAUGACAGUGGAUUCAGUUUUUCUGAACAAGACAGUGACAGUGCCACAUCAAGUAAACUGUCAUUGACAAGAUGCCCCCAAUCCCCAGAAUCAACCAAAGGGUCCCUUCAAUUUACAUCUAAAUUAUCCAAAGCUCACUCAGUGAGCUCCACUCCACUUCCACAGGGCUCCUUGAUUAUUUCAUCUUCAGGCAGAGCAAGGAGCUCCAAGUAUCCCAAGAAAAGAGCUAAUGGCUUCCAGAGAAGGCGACUUAUUCCUGCACCCCUACCAGACACAUCGUCUUUGGGGAAAAAGGUGGCCCCAGCAGGCCAGUGGGUGGACUUGCCUCCUAUGUCUGGACAGUUGAAGGAGCCCUUUGAGAUCAAAGUAUAUGAGAUUGAUGAUGUGGAACGGCUCCAAAGACGGCGUCAGGAGGAAACCACAGAGCAACCCUUCCAAGAAGUUGAAAAGGGUCUGGUGUAUUUUAACAGCAAGUGGAGGUUGCUUGAGAGAAGGCAACAGCAGGUGAGGGAAUUAAGAGCAAAGCAUCAAGUGUUGUUGGAGGAGCUAGAGGACACAAAGAUUCGACUAAUGAUGGAUCCGAGCAAGUGGGUUGGAGAAUUUGAUGUGGACCAGAGUAUGGAUAAAGAGUCUCCAGAGUACCUGGAGGCCUUGGCACAGGCCACAGAGGAGUUGGAGUUUUGCGUCAAUCUUUGCAAGUCCCACGUCAUGAUGGUGACUUGUUUCGACAUCAGCAUGCCGUCUACACCCGGCACUCAAGAGGGACUGCGGGAAGUUGAAGUCUGAGGACAAAAGCAAGUAGGAAUCUAAAAGAAAGUGGAAGUGAGAAGAAAAAGGUAGAAGAGAUGUAGCAGUCAGUCUAUAGAUAUCACUGGAAUGAAGUACAAAAGAGACAGAUGGGGGACAAGAGUGGAGCUUUACUGAAAAACAUAGGAGAUCUCGACCAUCUGAGCUACAGUGCCUCGUUGUCUAGGACAAAGCAGAGGAAUGAAGCGUGAGCACAAACGCUGUUGUCUUCAUGGCAAAGCAGUGGCUAUCACUUACUGAAAAGUCGACAAACACCCUGAAGUGCCUUUUUUUAAUGUUCUUUUUGAGUCAUUAUUUUUCAUACAACGCAGGUGUUUUAAGCAUACCUGAACAUAACCCUGAACACGUUGCUUUUAAGAAAAAAAAUAUUUUAUACCACAUUGUAUAGUGUAUUUAAAUGAAUGUGUGGUGUGUACAAUUAACCUUUUUUUAAGUGGGAAAAAUAAAGAAAAAAUAAGAAGCAAUAAGCUAAUGUUAUUGCGGUCCCAGACUUUGCCUUUUCUCUUGUUUCUAACCUCAAGUCAGCAUUUUCUCCAUGGUCAUUCAGCCUCUUUGCGCCUUAAGUUUGAUUUGUAUUUCUGUAGUUUUCUAGACUUUCGAACUGGACUGUAUUAUUUCAUCACAGACCGCCUUUCCUCCUGUCAGCUGGUCUGUAAAAGCUCACAGCGUGGAAAUGAUUUGUUUUUCCUACAGUUGCCUUUAUCAAAAUGGGUCUCUGUGGAUCAGCUGGUGUGUUUGAUGGCAAGCAAAGUUUAUUUGAAAUGUGCUAACUGAUGUUUAUCUCCCUGGAAAUCAAAAACUGAAGCCAAAAACAAUCAGAAAGGCACUGUGAUGGACAUUGAGAGAUUUUUCCACCCUCAGUUGUGACAGUAGGUCUAUGGAUGCUCAUCUUUGAGCCUUAUUUCUCUGCAGAUGGUUUGGACUGUGUAAUGUAAGACACAAAUGAGACAGUGCCAAUGUGCCAGCCUCUUCCUGUACAGUAUUUUUCCUAAACAGUGCUUUUCCCAAGUGCUACCAAGCCUCAGUUCUAUGCAUUCCAGCACAUUUACACUGUAACUACUUUAAGGUUUUCAGCAGCAACGUUAAUCUUUAUCUGCAACACGACUAUUUAGAAAAAAAUCGCAACAUUUAAUAAGCAUCUCCCACAAUGCCUAAAUCUGCUUCCUCUCGGGAAAGGAUGCAGGAAUGGAUGGUGAUUGUAGUGGUGUCCAGCAAAAAUCAAUCAUAUUGGCUCUUUGAAGCCACCCAAAUGCGUUUAUGAAUCAAAUGGCUGACACACAGAGAAGAAGAGAGAUCUGAGAGAAUGAUUGUUCCAAAAACAUGAAAAACCAGACUGGCUAUGAUUUAUCUUGGUGUGCUUGUUUUGUUUCCUUUUACAAAGAUGUGCUCUCUCAGGCCCUCACAGAAGAUGCUGCAUGAGAUUUUUUAACCAUUUUUACAGAUGAUUUCUACUCUCCAUUUUUACCAUUCUAAUUUUUUACAAUAAUUUCAGUUUUCACUAAAAGGAAGAGGGUGGGCUCAUGAAUAAAAAAAAACAAACAAACAAACAAAGAGCUUCUUUUCCAAGAUGUGAUAAUAUGUAAGGUCUCGUUUCAUAUCAAAACCCAUAUUUUCUAAGAUCUUUGUUUUUGUAUAGGAUUUUCAAACCUUGUGUAUAGAUGUAUAAUAUGGCAGCUUGUGUUUUUCCCAGUAUCUGUGAAUAAAACGUUUCUUCUUA